GGUCGGCAGACAACGCGCGACAUUGUCUAUCGACGAGCGUGUCCUCCGGUCUCCGCGCCUCGUCCGAAGUCGUCUCGCGAUCCGUACCGCUCCGUCGCCGCGACAACUCGAUAUAGUUUGGACUACGGAAAAUCAAAAUUUAACGGAAUAAUUCGCAAUAAUUAUAAUCGCAGGCCCGACAGUGGAUAGUGCGGUGUCCCCCGAGCCGGAUUUGAUUGAUACGCAAUUUUGUUUUACUAUUUAUAUCGUGUCGCGCACGCGGCGAUCGAACAGCAAAAAAUAAAAUACUAAAUAUUGUGAUUACUGAUAAUAUUUUCUGCGUGAAUCCCACAGCGGUUGUUGGUUUUUCUCUUCACAUCCAACUGUGAACAGAUAAACACUGUAUGUAGAGGAUACAUAUAGAGAAAUGCUACGGUUACGCAUGAAGAUUGGUGACGUAGUAUGAAGAACCUUUAAAUUGAUGAACUUUUAAGAAAAGGAUUUAGAUUAAUUGAUAUGACAGCAUCAUCAUUUUGAACCAUAAAAUACAAGUUUACAACAAAUUGCGUAUUACAUAUCUGCCAUCGGGAAAAUAUGGAGUUUGUGUGACAGCCAAAACCUGUGUUUGGUAAUUGAGAUGGCAACAUGAUCAAUUGUGAACCCGUAAGAAGAAUACAUCUUCAAUUUGGUUCGAAACAUUGAAAUGGAAGUUUUCUUCGACACUCCAAGUGAAAUAUUUUAAGGCCACAAUGCAAUUGCAAAGAUUUAUACUGCUGUGCGGUGUGCUGGGCAUGAUCAAUUAUGGUUUCGGCUGUCAGUUGUCCGAGUUUAUGUGCGAUACGGGCUAUUGUGUGGCCUUGGACAAAUUCUGCAACGGUAACGAUGACUGUGGUGACAAAUCAGACGAACCGCCAUAUUGUUCACCUUGCAACCGGACAUAUCACGGCGAGGUGGGCCGAACGUACGAGCUGGAAGUCAGAAGACCCAGGGAAGACAGAUUGCCAUUCUUGUGCUACUUGAACUUUACAGCGGCCGGCGGCAAGUACGGCGACAUAAUACAGUUGACGUUUGACACGUUUACCGUGGGCAGAUUCGUUUCGUACACGUUGGACGGAUGUCCUGACGGGUACAUGUCCAUCAGAGAAUCUCAAUUGCCAGACACCGGCGGUCAGUGGUGCGGAAGUGCGUGGGGCUUUACGGUGUACUACAGCGAAACCCGGUCGAUAAACCUGACUCUCACACUAUCCAAACUCUCCGAACAGGGCAUUGGUUACAAUUUCGAUUUCAAAUUAUCGUACAAAUAUUUAAAAAAGAGCGACGCACAUCUCCGGUACGGAAAUAGUACAUUCCAGACGUGGCGAGGACAGAUGAUAACAGGAAGCUACUGCGACAGGAUACUCGAUCAGUGCGACCGUAAACUCUGCAGAGUCCAGUCGCCCAAUUUCCCGGGCGCUUAUCCCAGAAACGUCACUUGCUAUUAUAGGAUAGAACAAAGAACGGCCCCGAAGUCUAAGCGCGCCCUGAUCGUGGUCUGACAGCCGAAUGCCCACAAAAUUCAUAUUAAAGACCAAGUCAUAAACUACGAUCGAAGUCAACGCACACUCAGGGUUUGGGACCAGUGCAACGUGAUUCAAGACUAUUUGACUGUGUACGACGGGUCGUUGGCCACAGACCCCGUACUGGUGAGGCUGUGCGGCGGUGAUGCGGUACCGGAUAUCGUCAGUUCCGGGCCCAAUAUGCUAUUGGAAUUCCACACUUCCGCGUUCGACAACCCGUUCCAUCCGGUGCCGCUCAGCUACUUGCCAGGAUUUGAAUUGGACGUGGAGAUACUAUUCGUCGACAACAAGUCUCCCAGCUACGCCAAGAACACCAGCCAGUGUGAGUUUUUCAUCAAGCCGUUCAACAACACCAACUGGGGCCUGUUGGACAGCCCCAGGCACUCGUUGCCACCAAACACGUCUUGCAAAUACCACUUUCAGGGUUCUAGUCACCAGACAGUCUGGCUGUCUUUCAUUAAGUACCAUGCAGCCAGCACUGAUCCAAACGCAUAUCACUUGAGCAACGAAUGCAACGCCAGACUCCGAAUUUGGGACAAAGUCAUAUCGACGAAAACCAAAAAGUCCGAAAAGGUACUGAUGGGAGAGUUCUGCAAGGAGCAAGACCUACCGCGGCUUUGCGACCACGCGUUACUGGGAAACGACACCAGGCACGUGCGGCCGUGCGCAGCCAAGGAGUCGUACACGUCGUCGGCCGACGAGCUGACGGUGGAGAUAUACCUGAAGCAGGGCUCGGUUCUGUUCCCGCUCCAGUUCCUGUUGCGGUACGAGUUCGUGGACCAGUCGGCGGAGCGGCGGCAGGAGCCCGGUGACGCGGGCCCGGCGGCGUGCAGCCGGACGUUUGCCUCCGGUUCAGGGUACUUCGGGUCGCCGAAGAACGUGUUCUUCUACGGACGGGGUGGCCGCAGGAACCUGACAUGCGUGUUCCGGUUCGUGCCCGGGUCACCUGAAGAACGGGUCAAGGUGACCGUGUCCCGGAUUCACUCGGUCAGCACGGCGUGUGUGACGGAGACGGACGCCCGGACGGACCGAUCUCGGUGCGUGUAUGGGGGCGGCAGCGGUGUGGACGCGGGCUCGGAUGGCGUUGGCGGGUCCAGGGAUGACGCGACUCACGCCCGGGUGACGAUCACGCACUAUCCAUGGCCCGACAUCGAGCUUCCGGUGGGGUGCGCGUGCUCCGGGCUACGUGAACCGUUCACGUUCGAAUCGUAUCCAGGGGCGGCGGUCCGCGUCGAGUUCGCCGUCCGCGACAUGAACGUGACACAGGACCACCGGGACUUUGGGUUCUCGGCCGAGUACGCGUUCGUCAAGGCGCCGCUGUCGGACAAGAAUGCAUGCCGAGACGCCCGCAAGCAACGGCACCUCCGCGGCCCGGGAGGCUUCAUCGACCUGAUCGGCGUCGCGUCGGCCGGUGGCCGACAACCGGCCCCGAGCGCGUGCGCUGACUUUCCGUGGCUCAUCGGUCCGGCCACGGCCGACAGCAGCAUGUUGCGCACCGGCGGCUUCGUGUACAUGAAGUUGCGUGGCUACGAGAUCCAGCGGUGGCGCACCAACUCGUUCAUGUGCCCGACCCGGAACCGGGUGGUGGUGUACACCGGGGCGGGCGACGGGCCCAAAAUCGCCAGGGUCAUUUGCCCGUACGACACAGAGGCCAGCUAUAAUGCGCUCCGCGGCUCGUACGAGGCGUUCUCGCCCGGCUGGGCCGAACCGCUAACCGGCGCCCAGCAGCUGCAGCCCAAUUCAAAAACGGUGGCCGUCGAGUUCCUGAACCGAGAGUACGGCGCGUACGCUGUCACAUGGAUGGAGGUUUCCAAGAUGCCACGCAUCAUGCCGUCCACCAACGUGUACGCCAUGUCGUCAAACGUCCACCCAGAAUGCGCAUACAGGUGCCCGGAACUGAACGCGUGCAUCAGCUCGCAGUUCUGGUGUGACGGUGAGACGCACUGCCCGAUGGGCUUCGAUGAGGACCCAGCCAACUGCGCGGGCCGGAACGGAGUGAACCUGAUGUACGUUUGUGUGCUGGGUGGCACAGCGGCGGUGCUGUUCACGGUCACCGUCGUGGCGGCUGUGGUGUGCCUGCGGUGCAAGGCCAACAGGUCGCGGCGAGCCGAGGACGGCCGGCGGCGGGCGUCCCAAAAGAGCUCGGCCGCCGUCGACCCGAUGAUGUGCGCGGUCGACCGGGCGCACUACGACAAGCGGUUCCUGGAACAAAACGGCGGUGGCGGCGUCGUCGGGAACUCACUGGGCAAGCGGUACCCGUCGUCUUCGGACGACCUGUACCUGGAGUGCAAGCAGGACAGCAUGUGUUGACGAAAAGACGGCGACGACAGCGUCGACAUGGACGGCGACGAUGACGGCGGCGCCGAACGCCUUCGAGUCGAGACGACCGUCUGAACCACUCAAAACCACCCAACCUCGGUCGGGUUUGGUAUGAACCGCGUUCGUCGUGCAAACAUAUUUUGCGUCGACCCGAACGGUGGAUGGUCUAAACUAGACGAGGCGGACAUAGCAUUAUGGUACGCUACGUUUCGUUUCGUUUUUUCAGUCAUCUUGUACAUAAUAUAAGGUAGAUAAAUCGUUUUUAAGAAUAACUGUGCACGUCUGCGAACGCUUUCGGAUUGAAUAAUAUCGAUCAUCGGAAUGUCAGUAUAAUUCUAUAAUUGUUAUACUCUCUGCACACACUUCCCCGAACGUGCUUAUCCGAUCGUGUGAUGUCGACCGUGCGAGUUUACCGUUACCACUACCCCCAACCACUGACCUUUGUUAUGAUAACCGUUUCUACUGAAUUCGAUAAUACCGUAGCCGUAUGUCUGCCGAACACCGUUUACAGAGAUUUAAUAUUAUAAUACAUAAUAUAUCGUCGGCAGACACCUCUCGCUGUAUCUAACUAUAUAUUAUUAUUAUUAUUGUCAUCAUUGCCGUCAUCUUACAGGUAUUUACCGGCGUUUACCAUGGUAUACUACGCGUGUGCCGGUUCGGAAUACUGUUUUAAAUAAACCCUUUACGCGGUAUGCGAUGCAUACCGCCAGACCGCAGGAAUCCGACUUGUGCAUAUCUACACGUCACCCCUCACCGCUCUCGCCGAAUUGUUAUCGUUUGUAUUUUUGCCGUUUGUAAUAUUUACCUUUACUUUCACCGCCCGCAGACGCGCACACGAGUGUAUAUACAGGGCGUUUCAGAAAAGAGUGUACCUACGAAAAAAUUGACUUUAUCACAUUAGAAUAUUAUGAUAAUCAGCAAACGCUCGUUGAAGUGUCCAAGACUUGGUUAGGCACCCGCCUUUACAAAUCUUUAAAGAGGUCACGUGACUUGUAGCGAGAGAUCGUCGGUUUAGUAUAAUUGUUGAUGUGGGUGACGGGUGUAUUGGACAAUACUGGUCGCCUCUGUCAACUCUCGCAUUCGCCACGUUACUGUAGGGCCGUGGUUGUUUGUCACGUUUAUUUGUUCUGACGAAAUUCUUAACUGUGCCUGCCAUAAUUAAUAACUAACCACCGUGCAGAAAUCGUCACGAUACGAUAAAAAUGCCGCCUGAGAUAAAUCAUAUCGAUCUAAUCAGCCCGAAUAAGUCUGCUCUGCUUACUUCAAAUAAUUCAAAUUAGGAGCAUCUCGCCAGUGUCAAACAUGAACAUUUGGGUGAUCAAAGUUUAGUUGAUCUGUAUUUAUAGCCGUUAACAGAUAUCACUAUUUCAAAAAUAAUGUAUUACAAUAUCGUAUAAGUCAUUUGAUUUUCAAAUACUAUAAAUAUAGUUUUAUUAUGGCGAUAAAAAUGAAUUUAUGAUAAAUACAGGCUAUAGGCACUCUGAUCUGAAACGUCCUAUCGUUAAACGUUACGGUGAAAUGUAAAAACCUAAGUUAUUACUAUUAUUGCCCGUUUCAAAGACAAAAUCUAAUUAAACUUUUAUGACGUUUAUAAAAAUUGGCAAGUCUCCUUUAGGACCUUGCGGUGCAACAAUUUUGAAUUUUGAUGUUAAGUUUGGUUUUAAUAUAAUUUUAUAUUUUUAAUUCUUGUGUCAUUAAGUACAUCGUAUGGCACGACGUUAACGAUAUUAUGGUAUUCCUUACACGGGAAGCGAUAGGAGAAUUCUGUCUCUCGUGAUAGAUUAAAUAUAUGCUAUAGGUACAGCGUGUAUACCGAUAAUAUUUAGUUCUUACCAUUUAUUUAGUAGGGGAUAUUUUUCCAGGCUUUGGUGGAUAAAUCCGUUUGAAUAUUGAUAGACAUGCCAAAGUAUAUAUUACCUAACCUCGAGCAACAACACAAACUUGCCAAGAAUGUAAAAUAUUGUAAAUCCCCCGUCGUAUAUUUAAAUAAUAAAGUAUAUUUUGAUACAAAAUAUUCUAAAUAGCAUGUCUGUUUUGUAAAUGAUUGUUAUUCAAAAACCGUCUAUAAGGCGUUUAGU